CUUUGAUCGGCGAGGGCGGCGUGGAGGCCGCGCCGGGCAGCGGAGAAGCGCCAGAGGAGGUCUUGCUUGCGGCUGAGCGAGGCGAAGAGGCGGCGGUGCUGGCGUGGUUCGACGGCGGCGGGCGGGUCGACGCGACGUUCGAGUACAUCUUUGGUGACGGCUCUCGUGCGAGCGGCAUGACGCUGCUGAUGCUCGCAAUGGCCAAUGGCCCCGAGGGGCUGGCCGAGGCGCUUCUGCGGCGCGGUGCAGAUGUCUCGUUGCAGCACAGCAACGGCGGCACCGCGCUGAGCCUCGCCGCCGCGAACGGCCGCGAGAAGCUGGUCGAGCUGGCUUUGCGGCACGGCGCGGAGAUCGAUCAGAAGAACAACAACGGCGUCACUGCGCUGAUGAGCGCCGCCUACAAAGGCCGAGAGCGGGUUGUCGACACGCUGAUCCGGCACGGCGCGGAGAUCGACCUGCAGGCCAACGACGGCGACACCGCCCUGAUUUUCGCCGCCUACUACGGCCAUCCCGCCGUGGUGCUUCGAUUGCUGCGGGCGGGCGCAGAUUCGACGCUGUGCACUACGGAGGGCAAGACCGCGCUGCAGUACGCCAAGCAGGAGGGCCACGCCGAGUGCGUGCGCGCCCUCAAGGAGCAUGCGACGGCCAAGGCGGCGGCAGAGAAGGCGGCGAAGGAGGCGGCGAGGGCUGCGGGCGCGGCAGAGAGGGAGGCGCAGAGGGCGGCGGAGGAGAAGGAGGCGGCGCGGCACGCCGACGAGCUGCUGGCGGAGGUCGAGGCGGAGAAGCGCGCCAAGGGCAAGAAGGGCAAGAAGAAGAAGAAGGGUGGAGGGGCGGGCGCGGCGGGGCCGUCGCAGGAGGCGGAGGAGGGCACCGAGGCGCCGUUGGAGGCAACCGCAGCCGAGGCCGCAAAGAAGGCCGAGGAGGAGAGAAUGAUGAGGCUUCUCGAGAAGUGUCACGAGGAGAGGAUCCGGUUCGGCAUCACGGCAGAGAGCCAGGCGGCGGCGUCGGCAGAGGUGGCCGAUGCGGUGCGCUUGGACGCUGCGGCGGACGAGGCGGAGGAGGAGGCGGAGGCGGACAAGGCGGAGGAGGUGGCUGCCGUGGCGGCGCUGGCGGACGCCGAGGUGGCGAGGGCGGAGGCCAGGGCGGCGCAUGCGGAGGCCAGUGCGGCGCAUGGAGAGGCCAAGGCUGCGUUUGAGAAGAUCAAGGCGUCGCUAGAGGCGGCGGCGGCGGCGCUGAGCGGGACCGGGUCGGCGCUGGAGGGGAGCGAGACGGCGCUGGAGGGAAGCGAGACAGCGCUCGAGGAGGCGGCGGCCGCUGCGGAGGCGAGGGGUGCCGCUGCGGCCGCGUCAAUGGCCAGGGCGCUCGGCGGGCGGUACACGUGGGAGGCAUCCGCGUGCACGAGCUCGGCCAUAACCUCGGCGCUCGGGCUGCACCACUCGGGGCUGAUGGACGUCGACGGCAACGCGCUCUACGAGUACGGCGACUACUCGGCGGUGAUGGGCUCGAGCGCGCGCACCAACUGCCCGGGCUUCGCGAUGCCCAACCUGAUCACGCUCGGCUGGCUCGAACGCAACACGCACACGCGCGACUGGGGCGGCGCGGCCAUCGUCGCCAUCUCCGACCUUCGCGUCGACCCCUUUGCCUCCGGCUCCGCGGGCGGCGCGCUCGCGGCCGGCCGCGCAUACGGCGUGCGCCUCCCCGUGGCGGGAUCGAACAUGGCCGUGUGGGUCUCGUACCGCACGGGCGCAGGGCUCGACGCCACCCUCUCGAGUGAGGUCAAGGGCCGGCUCUCGGUCCAUUACGCGCCCGCCAGUGGCGAGCGCAACACGCUCACGUAUGCCCUCGGCUUCCCUGCCGUCGGCACGCCCUUUGUGGUCCGGCCGCAGCGCGCGUGGGCCGCCUGCUCGAGCGGCGGAUGCGUGCAUGCGCUGCAGAUGUGCACCGCCGGCGCCACCGAGGCGAUGGUCGCUCUCGUCGUCGAGGACUCGGACGACGCCGCCAUCGCCGCCGCGCAGCGCCUGUACGCCAUAACCUCACGACUACCACCCUCACCACCGCCGCCGCCAUCGCCGCCGCCGCCGCCGCCAUCGCCGCCGCCGCCGCCAUCGCCGCCGCCGGCGCCGCCAUCGCCGCCGCCGCCGCCAUCGCCGCCGCCGCCGCCGCCAUCGCCGCCGCCGCCGCCAUCGCCGCCGCCGCCGCCGCGCUCGCCGCCUUCGCCGCCGCCGCCGCCAUCGCCGCCGCCGCCACCGCGCUCGCCGCCUUCGCCGCCCUCGCCGCCCUCGCCGCCACCGUCUCCGCCGCCUUCGCCUUCGCCGCCGCCGCCGCCGCCCUCGCCGCCGCCGCCGCCAUCGCCGCCGCCGUCGGAGCCGCUGCCGCUGCCGCCAGAGCCACCUUUGCUGCCUCCGUACCUUCCUGGCGAGGCGCCUGCCCCACCGCCGCCACUUCCGCCACCAGCCUGCUUGGCUGCACGAGGACCAGCAGAGGUGACGGGGGAUCUUGAAUGGGGGGAGCCAGUUCCUGACGGCCAGCCGAACAAUCACCGCCGGGAUGCAGUUGUGGUUUAA